AUGGUCUCCAGAAGCGACUGGAUCGCUUAUACAUACAACCCCUCAAUUGCAGCAGCGGUGAUCUUCAUCAUCCUCUUCGCAGUAACAACCCUCCUACACACAUUCUACCUCUUCCGCACACGAACAUGGUUCUUCAUCCCACUAGUCAUUGGUGGAUACUUCGAGCUAAUAGGCUACAUCGGCCGCGCAAUGUCAGCCCAACAAUCCCCAAACUGGACACUGGGACCAUUCGUCAUGCAAAGCACGCUCCUCCUGAUCGCACCAGCCCUCUUCGCAGCGAGCAUCUACAUGGAACUCGGACGGAUAGUGGUAAUGGUCAAAGGCGAGAAACUAGCGCUAGUGCGCGUCUCAUGGAUGACGAAGAUCUUCGUCGCGGGUGAUGUGUUGAGUUUCUUGAUGCAGGCUUCUGGUGCUGGUAUCAUGGUGACUGGAUCUUCUUCUUCCUCGAGCACAGGCCAGAACGUCAUUAUCGGCGGUCUAUUCGUUCAAAUCAUCUUCUUUGGCUUCUUUGUCGUUAGUGCGCUGGUCUUCCAGCUUCGCAUUCGAGCGGAUGCUGCUGCUAGAGCUGUUGCGAACCAGUUUCCGUGGCGGAAGCAUAUGUGGGCGUUGCAGGGGUCCAGUGUUCUGGUGCUUAUUCGGUCUGUUGUGCGUGUUGUCGAGUAUAUCCAGGGCACGUAUGGCUAUGUGAUGAGCCACGAGGCGUUUAUUUAUGUUUUUGAUGGGUUGUUGAUGUUUAUGCUCAUGGCUGUUUUUGUCAUUGUUCAUCCUAGUGAGGUGAAUUACCUUAUUGGCCGGGGACGGGCUGUGGUUCGGAUGGGCAAGAUUGAAGCCGAUGUUAUAGUAUAA